AUGAGUUCAGAAAAUAAUUUGGAGGUGAACUUGGAAUCCUCUAGGAAGGAAAAAUCCAUGGCCACGAUAAACGAAGAUGAUGAUGUAGUGGAGCUUGAUGCAGAUGAGAUUCAAGACACUUCAACAGGAACUCAGGCAGGGGCAUCGAAAGGCAAGCGAAAAAGAAGGUUGACAUCACCUGUUUGGCAAUUCUUUGAGAAGUUGGCAGAAAAGUCGAUUGAUGGUGAGAGCUGUUGUAAGUGCAAGAAGUGUGGCUCUAUUUUUAUUUGUAAUAGUCAAUAUGGGACGGGAAAUUUGAAAAAGCAUAGUGAAAGAUGCAUUCGUAAGGACACACGAGAUGUUGGUCAGCUGCUGGUGAAUCAUGAUAUGUCUUUGAGAAAUGCUAUAUUUGAUCCUGAACGUUUUCGUGAGUUAUUGAUUGCUGCCAUUAUUAUGCACGAUCUGCCUCUUGCCUUUGUGGAGUAUACUGCGAUUAGAUCUGUAUUCGCAUAUUUGCGCGAGAGUGUGCCUGUUAUAUCUCGAAAUACUGCAAGGGCUGAUGUGUUGAAAGUUUAUAAAAAAGAGAAGUCACGGGUUAAGAGCUUGCUUGAGAAAGCUAGUGGUAGAAUUUGUUUGACAUCUGAUUUGUGGACCUCUAUUGCUACUGAUGGGUAUCUCUCUUUGACCGCACAUUUUAUUGAUAAAAAUUGGAGUUUGCAAAAGAGGAUUCUGAAUUUCUCCCCGAUGCCACCUCCACAUACUGGUGUGGCAUUAAGCAAUAAGAUUACCUCUUUGUUGGCUGAGUGGGCCAAAGGUGAAUUCUUUCAUCAACGAUGUUGUGCGCAUAUCAUUAAUUUGAUUGUGCAAGAUGGACUGAAAGAGAUUGAUGUUGCGAAAGGCUUGAGGCAAGAUGUCCCUACUCGUUGGAAUUCAACAUUUCUUAUGCUUGACAGUGCAUUCUAUUAUCAUCGUGCAUUUUGCCACCUAGAGUUAAGUGAUUCCAAUUAUACGAAUUGUCCUACCUCACUGGAGUGGCAGAAGAUUGAGAAGAUAAAGAAAUUCUUGGGGGUUUUCUUUGAGAUUACGAACUUGUUUUCUGGAAGUAAGUAUCCAACCGCAAAUCUAUACUUUCCUUCUACUUUCAAAGCAUAUGUGUUGCUCAAGGAGUAUAGUGAUGGGACAGAUGAAGAUCUGAGAGCAAUGUCGUUAAGGAUGCUUAUGAAAUUUGAAAAGUACUGGUCUGAAUUUUCAGUGAUUUUAUCGAUUGCGGUGAUAUUGGACCUCAGGUAUAAACUUGAGUUUGUGGAUUGGAGUUACAGAAAGUUAUAUGGUAGUCAAUCUUCAGAAUUUCAAACUAUUCGGGACAAAUUAUUCUCAUUUUAUGAAGAAUAUACAGCACGUCAGAAGGUGGAUCUAUCAUCUGCAUCAAAAGAGAAGGUGGUGCCGGAUCAUCAAGAGUCCGAGACCGUGGAUAUGCUGGAGGAGUUCGAUGAUUAUGCUGAUAAUGUGUAUUCAGCAUCUUCAAAAAAGUCUAACCUAGAAAAGUACUUAGAUGAGACAAGGAGCCAUAGAAAGACGGACUUGGACAUUCUUGAGUAUUGGAAAAUUAACUCCUAA